CCCUUUCGUGUGAACAAUCUAUUAGCUCACACAGUCGGCCUAUCGUACAGUCACUCAGCCGAGCUCCCAAGGAAAAUCUGUAUACAUCACUGGAUGAGUGGUAUUGACCAUUUGAUCUCGGUAUUGACUGUGUGACACUAACUACUGGUAAUAAAUAUCCAUACCUGGCUUCAGAGAAUCUGACCACUCACCUAAUGGAGCCGACACAGUAGGUGGAAAUAGUUAUGUUGCUGGAGAUUAUUUAUUUUAAUAUUGCAUAGAGUAUAUAUAUAACUCCAGUGGGAUACAGUAAACUGUGUAGGUACUGUCCAUUAGGAGGACCUCCAGGCUUUGUUGGACAGUUAAUUCUACCAAGCUUUGAGCUUAACAGAAAGUCAGGAGAUUUGUUCACCUCGAUCAGUCAAAUAUUGACAGUUCACACACCAUGAUCUGAGGGUCAGUCUACUAAUGAAGCCAAUGGAGAUAAGGAGUUAUCCAGCCGAUAUAUCUGAGAGUAUUUGUGAUAAAGGGCUGAUUUCUAUAAACUGGACAGUUCAGUACUUCAGACAGACCUGUUAUUCUGAUAUCUAUAUAAAGUAUUGAACUCUCACAUCAACUGUCACCACAAAGGAAGGUCUUCCGCUGAUUAUUUAUUUCGUGGGGACGUAUGUAAUGUGUUCCAUCUCACCAGCAUUCUACAACACAACACUGGAUUAGGUCUUACACAAGGUAGCUUUCUGUCUAAAAUCCAUUUGACACCUUAGAUGUGGAGCUUUUUAAAUGUCUACAUGCUUUUCAUCAGUGUAACAUUACCUCAACAUGCUAGUAAGAUGUAAGUCCUGAUUGACACUGAAUUCCUAUUCAACCCUAUGGAAACACUGUAAGAUGAAUCCUUCACAAGUACACCGUGGUCCAAGCUACCGUUAACUAUAGCUGUCUGGAUUGUGAUUUUGGGGAUUGUAUAAGGAAAACAACUGGAAUUAUGUGUAGUACAAGUAUGGAUGAGGAGGGAGGACAGAGGCUGUUCUCAAGGAGUAACAGUAUCAUGGAGUCGUCGGAGCAGAGCGAGUUGGUAAUUCCUCGUCAGUUCCUGUGCUGUAAACUGUGUGAUGAUGACCUUAAGAAGCCAAAGUAUUUACCCUGUCUCCACACCUUCUGUCUGAAAUGUAUGGAAGAACACAUCCAGUCCAACACAGACAGUGAGGGUUACUUCCCCUGUCCAAUCUGCGCCACUGAAACUACUUUGUCUUCAGAGACUGUGGAUAAUUUACCUAGCAACAUUUUAGCGAUGCGUCUGCUGAAUCCCGUAACAGAGCAAGCUACGUGGGAGAUGCUCUGUAGUACCUGUAAAAACAGUGGGAACUUUGUGGACGCGGAGUCUUAUUGUGUAACAUGUGAAAACUUCCUGUGUAAAACAUGUUCAGAUUCUCAUGAUUCACAGGACGAAACUUCAGCACACAAGACACAAUCAAUGGAUGAUUACAACAGACGAACGCCAUCUAAUCCAAAACAAGGGGAGAUAAUUCCAAUAUGUUGUAAUAACUAUGACCCCAUAGAUAUCGGAGCACUGUUCUGUGUCGACUGUGACAUGUCAAUCUGUGCAGACUGUCACAUAGCCAGUCACGGGGAACACAGGUGCACAGAACUCAUGGCAGUAGCUAGCAACUUUGAACAGAAAAUUCAGGAGCCUCUUUUUGAACUUGGCAAUGAUCAUGAUGUUUUGAAAGAAACCCUAAGAAAUCUGGAGAAAAAACAAAUGACUGCAGAGAAACAACAAAAGGGUCUAAAGGACAAUGUGAAGAGAAGAACCCAGGUUUUGUGUGAUUUGAUACAGAACUAUGAACGCUUGCUCCUGGAAGAAAUUGGGAAACGGCAUCAACAGCAGUUACAGGAAAUAAAGAACCAGAGAUAUGAUAUCAAAACUCAUUUGUCGGCCAUCAAAGGUGUGAAGGACUUCACUGAAACUCUCAGGAAUUACGGAACGUAUGAAGAGAAAGUUUACAUGAGAAAGAAAGUUGGAUUCCGUAUUCGUGAACUUUGUGAAGAACCAUUACUACCAGAGACAAAGGAAAUACAGGAUUUAAGGCUCACAGAACCUCAUGUUACCGUGGAAACUAUCUGUGAUAUGUUUGGGGAGCUAAAGGAAGUUGGUGCCCCGGAAACAAAACAACCAGGUUUAGAAGACUCUUUGUCUGCCAGUUACAACUUAUCGCAUGCCCUGGACUCUGGCCAUGGCAGUGACAAUGAUCCCGAGCUGGUGGAGAUCCUAAACUCGGCCCUCGCCAGUGGUAUGGCGAGUCAUUCUCAAAGUGGCUCUGAUACAGACAUGCUUGGUGUAAGCAACACCUCAGAAACCAUGCGGAAUGUUAAGUUCAGUGAAGAGGUCACUGAAUCAGAAUACGAAACAGACUUGGGUUAUAAUCUUGAAAACCCAAAACGUGAGUUUACCCUCCCUACUGGAAUACAGCGUGAAUGUUUCAAGGGCAUGGGAGUUAACAACAAUGGUGACAUCAUUAUUGGAACGACCUGUAAGGACCGCCAGAGCAUCUAUGUGCUGGAAAAACAUGGUAUUCUGCGAGGACAGGUACCCGUGGAGAACGGCUGGAAUAUCCACUCUGUGUCAAGCGAUGGCAAAGUGGCCCUAACUGUACCAAGGGGAGAUAACCGCUUCAAAGUCCGAGUGCUCACAAAUGAUGGUUCUGGACAUGCCUUGGCAGAUUCUCAUGUUGAAAGCUUUGGAUUAAAUUUUGUGACAGCUGAUAAGAAGGGCAGAUUAAUGAUAACAUCUAAUCGCUACGCACAGAUUCGUAAGAGUCAUGGAAAAUCUGCAAAGUCGGGAGGAAAUGUUGCAGUGUUCGAGAAAGACGGCCAUUUGAUGAGGCGAAUCACAAAUGAGGAUUUUCAGGAGGCAGGUAUGUACCUACUGGAGAAGCCACAGUGUCUCGUGUGCGACGACAAACGCAGCAAGUUUUAUCUAGCAGACUCGGGUAGUCACUCCGUGAUCAGUUUCGAACAAGAUGGAGAGCUCGUAUUUCAGUAUGGAAAUACAGACACUGAGGAGGAAGUGUACCAAGGACCUGACAUGGUUGCUUUUGACAUAUAUGGCAAUGUCAUUGUCACCGACAAACGUGAAGGACGCAUUGAUAUACUCAGUGCAAAAGGGGAUCUGAAAAAGUCUUACUUCAUGGACGAUAUUCCUCGAUUCGUAGGAGCAACUCCAGACAAGCUUCUGAUGACUGCCAUGACAGAUGGUAGUGUCAAGUUUUACGAGUACCUCUGAUUAUUGUGGUCUAGCUUUUCACUGUGAUAUAUAAACAUGGCUUACUGAUCUAUUGAUAGUUAUAAGUGUCUUAGAUUUGACAUUUAAAUGGCAAAACUCCUAUAAACAAAACCCACUGUUAUUUUUGAAUUAAUUAGUCAUGAAUUAUCAUCAGUAAACAUUACUGUAAAAGCAUCUAUAUGUAAGACAAUGAAUGUAGGUUUGUGGACAAUUUAUGGCAGGGUUUUUUAUAAUUUAUUUGAGGUGAGGCCAUAUACAGCAAUGGAUGUAGGAACUGGUAUGUGGACAAAUUCCACCAGGGUUUUACAAUUAACGAGUGGUUAAGGUGUCCUGACACUUUAUCACUAGCCCUCCACCUCUGUGUUGCGAGUUCAAAACCUACGUGGGGCAGCAGUUGCCUGAUAUAAAUACUGGCCAUAGGCCGGUGGCAUUUCUCCGGGUACUCCGGUUUUCCUCCACCUCCAAAGCCUGGCACAUCCUUAAUUGACCCUGGCUGUUGAUAGGACAUUACACAAAAUAAACCAAUCCAAAGGUUUUACAAUUAUUUGAGAUGAGGCCAUGUAGGGAACUGAAUGUAGGAACUGGUAUGUGGAUAAUUUACAGCAGGGAUUAUACAAUCAUUUGGGAUGAAGCCUUCUUGUCUAUUUUUGGAAUGAAAUAGGUGGAUCGAAAAGGAAAUCUACCAAUUUUGGUGAGAUGGUUUGUGAAAUAACAUUGAUUGUGAAUAGAACCCAUUAUCUGCCCUUUAAUCAGUCAGAAAUCUGUGUGUAGUGUGUAUAGGGAGCUGUGACCAUACUAGUCUGAUCAAGGCUUUGAUGUUAGUCUUUUUAUAAUUAUGGUGAAUCACCAUUCAAUUAUAGUUCAUAGGUUUGAAGAAUAGAUAUUUCCGAAGAUUCUGAUUGCCAGUUGGUAUAUUAUCGACUCAAUUGAUCAUGGAUGUAUAUAUAGCAUGGCAUAGCUACUUUGUAUCUUGUUGAGCUAGCGCUCUCGUCAAUUAAUUUAUGUCAGUUUUUAUCUGCAUGGGCAUCACCACGAAUUACAUUUUUGAGUUGUUUCCUUUUCUAUUUUUUACACAUCUCAAUAAUUUUUAAGCAAUACAAUUUUAUUUAGA